AUGGGCUGGGAACCCAGACCCAAGGGAGAACCAAAGACCCAUGUGAGAACCCAGACCCAAGGGAGAACCCAUACCAAUGGGAAUCCAGACCCAUGUGAGAACCCAGACCCAAGGGAGAACCCAGACCAAUGGGAAUCCAGACCCAAGGGAGAACCCAGACCAAUGGGAAUCCAGACCCAAGGGAGAACCAAUGACCCAUGUAAGAACCCAGACCCAAGGGAGAACCCAGACCCAUGGGAGAACCCAGACCAAUGGGAAUCCAGACCCAAGGGAAAACCAAGACCUAAGGGAGAACCCAGACCCAAGGGAGAACCCAGACCCAAGGGAGAACCCAGACCUAAGGGAGAACCGACCAAUGGGAAUCCAGACCCAAGGGAGAACCCAGACCCAAGGGAGAACCCAGACCCAAGUGAGAAUCGAGGCCCAAGGGAACCCAGACCCAAGUGA